CGGGACCACGAGGCAGAAGAGGAGAGCAGUGCUUCGAGGCCAGCGAGUGCUGAGCACUGACCCACCGGGCUGUCCUACAGCCCCCCACAUGCCUCUGCCCCCUUCUUCCUCGGCAGCGGCCUAAGGCUGCGCUCAGCAUGAAGGACUAUUUCCCCGUCUCGAUGCCCCGGUACAGUCGGUAUAGACAGAGACUGAGAGCAUCGCGCACCGUGCGCUUCCCCAACGACGUCGUCUUUCAGGACCACAUCAGGCAGGGGGACCUGGAGCAGGUGGGCAGGUUCAUCCGUGCCAGGAAGGUCGCUCUGGACACCAUCUACCCUUCUGGCAUGGCAGCGCUCCACGAGGCCGUGCUCACCGGGAACCUGGACUGCGUCAAGCUGCUGGUCAAGUACGGCGCCGACAUCCACCAGCGGGACGAGAACGGCUGGACGCCCCUGCACAUGGCCUGCAGCGACGGCUACGCCGACAUCGCCCGGUACCUCAUGGCCCUGGGGGCCAGCCCCGAGGCCACCACGGACGCCGGGGAGAAGCCGUCGGACCUCAUCGACCCCGAGUACCGCGAGCUGCUGCAGCUCUUCCAGGCCGCCACCGUGGGCUGAGGCGGCUCGCGGCCGGGCAGCGGGGCUGGGGCGGGGCGGGGCGGGGCCCGGGCUGGGACCGGGCCGGGGCUGGGGGCCGGGGGCCGGGGGCCGCUCGGUGCCGCCGCCCGGCCCCCCCCUUCCAAUAAAGCGCUCUGCAAACAA